AAGAUCAGAAUCAUUCACAGAGUAAUCUUUUAAGCAGGUUCAGUUGUCAGCAAGUAGAAGUCUCUUUGCCAAAUAUUUCUGUAGCUUUAUUGAAACAAUCUGCCUGCCUAAACCCAUUAUUCUGCAGCAGUGAGUCACAGCCCAUCAAGGAGAAAGUUGAAUGAGGAUCAACACAUUAUAGGUCUUGGAAAAGGAAGCAUUUUCUCUUUCCGAAUUUGCCUUCAUAAAGUGGUUCCUUAAGGUGAUCCCCUGUUCAGCCUAAAUGCCCUUUGAAGAGCUCCUGGAUCAAGCUGGAGGCCUGGGGAGAUUCCAAAUCUUUCAGCUAGUUCUCUUUUGUAUCACCAACCUCCUAACAUACCCACACAUUGUACUGGAGAAUUUCACUGCAGCAAUUCCUGAUCAUCGCUGCUGGGUCCAGAUUCUCGACAAUGACACUAUCUCUGGUAAUGAAACCAGAAAUCUCAGCCAAGAUGCCCUCCUGAGGAUCUCCAUUCCACUGGACUCAAACCUGAAACCAGAGAAAUGCCAUCGCUUCAUCCAUCCCCAGUGGCAGCUCCUCCAUAUGAAUGAAACUGUCACCAACACAGCUGAGGCAGACACAGAGCCCUGUGUGGAUGGCUGGGUGUAUGACAGAAGCUACUUCCCCUCCACCAUCAUAACUGAGUGGGACCUGGUUUGUGAAUCCCAGUCAUUAAAAUCAGUGGUUCAAACUCUGUUUAUGACUGGGUCACUGUUGGGAAGUCUGAUAUAUAGCCUUCUUUCAGACAGGUUUGGGCGGAAGGUGGUGUACCUGUGGUGCUUACUCCAGCUGGGCAUCGUUGACACCGCUGCAGCCUUUGCCCCCACCUUCCUCAUUUACUGCAUAUUACGCUUCUGGGCUGGGUUGAGUGUCGCGACUAUUAUGAUAAAUUCUUUUUGUCUUAUGUCGGAAUGGACAACAUCCCAAAGGAAGUCUGUGGGAAUAGUCCUGAUGAUGUCUUCCUACAAUAUUGGGCAAAUGUUCCUCGGAGGACUGGCUUUUGCCAUUGGAAGCUGGUACACACUGCACCUGGCUGUGUCUAUACCCUUGCUUGUCCUCCUCUAUCCCUCCAGGAAGCUGGUGGAGUCCUUCCGGUGGCUGAUUGUCAGAAAUCAGCUAGAAAAGGGUGUAAAGGAACUUAGAAGAGUUGCACACAUAAAUGGAAAAAAGAAUACUGAAGAGACCCUGACCAUAGAGUUUGUGAAAUCUACCAUACAGAAGGAGUUGGAUGCAGUCCAGGUCAAACCAUCAAUUUUUCAAUUGUUCCAUGCACCCAAAGUGAUUAUGAGAACCUGCUGCUUGUGCUUUUUCAGAUUUUCAAAUGCUGUAUCCUUUUAUGGCCUCGUACUCAACCUGCAGCACCUGGGGAGCAAUAUCUUCCUGUUCCAGGUUCUCUUUGGAGCCAUCAUGCUCACAGCCAGCUUUCUUUCCCUUUGGACUCUGAAUUACAUGGGUCGUCGGACAAACCAGAUAUUGUUCUCAUUCCUGGCUGGAGUUUCCAUUCUAGUCAACACAUUUUUGCCCCAAGAAAUGCAGACUCUGCGUGUAUCUUUAGCAACUUUGGGAAUUGGAUUUGUUUCUGCUGCCAUGACUGGUUAUGUUCUUCACCAAAUUGAGCUCCUCCCCACUGUAUUCAGGUCAAUACUGAUGGGCAUCAUUUCAGGAUUCCACAGAAUAGGGGCAAUAGUGGCUCCUCUCCUGAUGACCUUACUGGGGUAUUCUCUCCGUCUGCCCUGGAUCAUCUAUGGAGUCAUCACCCUCCUUGCUGGCCUUGUUAUCUUGCCCCUUCCAGAAACCAGGAAUCAGCCUCUUGCUAACACCAUCCAGGAUGUGGAAAAUAACACAAAAUAUUCAAGAAAUGUAAAGCAGGAAGAUACUUCCACAAAAGUAACACAGUUUUAACAACUUCCCAAGAGUUGAUCCAAAGAAGAAUAAAAUAAGAAGUAAAAAGUCAAGAUUCUUCUUUAUGCCAAUGAAACUAGUCAAAAAUUUAAUGGACAAAUGGAUGCCACCUAAAAUCUCUCAAUAUACAAAUUUUCUCAAAAUAAUUUAUGAGAUUUUGUAAUCUCACCAAACAAUUGUUGGUUUGAAGGAAGACAUUGCAAAUAGUUUGAAGUUCAUCUUGAAAUUAAUAAUAGAAAAAGAAGCCUUGUUUCCAUGAUCCAGCAAUCCCAUUACUUUGAAUACAUCCAAAAGAGAUAGAGUUUGUAUGCCAAAGAGAUACCUGCACUUCCAUGUUAAUUGUAGCACACCUCAUUGUCCUUCAAAGGAUGAAUAUUUUAAGAAAGUGUUUUAUAUUACAUGAAAUGGAACACUACUCAACCAUAUAAAUGAAGAACAUUCUGCAAUUUGCAAUAACACAAAUGAACAGGGAGGAGAUUAUGAUAAGGGAUGUAGGAAGUACAAACAGAGAAUGACAAAUACCACAUAACUCACUCAUAUAUGAACCCUGAAAAUGUUGAUCUCAAAAUACAGUAGGUUGGUGAUUUCUAGAGACUGGAGCACUUGGGUAGGGGGAGUGAAUGUAAGAUGUUCAAAAGAUGCAAAAUUACAAUUAGGUAGGAGAAGUAAGUAAAAAAGAUCUGUUGUGCAACAUAUUGACUAUAGUUAAUGACAGCAUAUUGUAUUCUUGAAAAAUGCUGAAAGGAUGGCUGAGUGCUAUUGCCACAAAUAAAUGAGGCAAUGCAUGGGUUAAUAAGCUACAUUUAACCAUUACACAAUGCACAUGUACUGCAAAACAUCAUGUUGCACAAAAUAAAUACAUAUAAUUUUGUAUGUCACUUUGAAUAGAUAAAAUUUGAAAGCAAGAAAAGGAAAAGGAGUAACAAAGAGGCUGGCUCAUAUAUCAUGAAACAUGUGCUACAUUUUAUCAAAUUACAGGAAUCCAAAGAGUAAUAGUAAAUGCCACCACAAAUCAUAAUAAUUCCAAAAAACAUACUGUGUAUAAAUCAACACUUAAUAUAUGAAAUUUUUGGCACCAAAAAAACACUUAUCAAUUGAAAUAUUCUGUAAUAAAUAGUAUUGAUUAGCUAUCUGGGAAUAAAUUUACAAAAAUAUUUGCAAUGA